GAGGGAAAAGUGGAAACUCAACCUCCCUCUAGCCCCGCCGACCCUCCCGCGAUCGGAAACCUCCACCAGGUUGGCGUCGUUCCGUACCGCAACCUAAACUCGCUCGCUGACAAGUACAGCCCCCCUCAUGCUCCUCCGCUUUGGCACCAUCCCGAUCGACCCUCGUCGUCUCCUGUACCAAGACCGCCGAAGAGAUCACGCGCGACCAGGACGUCAUUUUCGCCGACCGCCCCGCCUCACCAUCGACAACAUCUUCUUCUUAGGCUAGAGCGCGACCUGGCCUUCUGCCCCUACGACAAGUACUAA